AUGCCUCCAAAAUCAAGAGUAUCAGUUGAAGAUGCAGUUAAUGUGUUACUUAGGUACAUCAGUUAUUUUGCGUCUGACCAAUUGCCGGACUGGUCAUCGGACAUAUGGCACAUUAUGUCAAAAGAACCUGAAUUUGUAGCACGCGAACAAUGUGGAUAUUUUCAUUCAACUCACAAUAAAAACACGGAUUGUGAUGAUGAUAACUGGGAUGAUGAUGACUGGGAUGAUGAUGAAGAUGAAGAAGAUGAUGAAAAACGUGAUCCAGAUUACUUUAAUUAUGUAUAUUCUAAGCAACAAAAGAAUCAUGAUACUUUUGACGUGAAAUUUUCUAGACAUUUAUGGAAUUCAAUAAAUAAAAUAGCUCCUAUCGUGGAAAAUAAACCUAAUACUCUUGGAUUGCAGCCUAAAGUGUGGACAGAUGUAUUAGCAUUAGAGUUCUGGAAACAAUAUCGACUAAAAUGUGCCUUUGUUUUUAAAAAAGCUACAAUUCAGGAAUAUGGAAAUUAUUAUUUAACAAUCUUCGGACGUUGUAAAGCCAAAACAUGUAAAAAAAAAUUAUUUGGAUAUGUAGAAGAAAAUCCAGGGGACUAUGGUGAUGUCAUAAUUAAAAUCAACUGCCGAGAUACAAGAUUCGAGAGACAUGAAGACUGUAAACGACCCCUUCAAGGAAAAAGAAGAGACGAAAUGAAGAAAGAAGUGAAGGAAAAAGGUGUGAAAGGGAGUAAUCUUGAUGCUGCUCAAAAACUUCUUCAGCCAGGUGAUACUCAAUGUCCGGUUAUGAGUAGAGCCAAUGUCUUAUACCAAUUGAAGAAAGAGAGUAUCGAAAAAAUCUUGUAA